CUUGAGACGCAUGUAGCCAGUCCAUCUUUGGCGCAUCAGGUCGCCCCGAACUUGGUGGAUCGGUUCUCAAGGUAUCAACGGUGAAUCUACAUUUGGGUCGAAAACAAGCAACAGCACGUUACUAUUCACUUGAGUUGAAAACAUCGACUUUGGUCCGGGAAGGACAGGUGUUGGCUGAGCUUCGGUCCUCCAACAAUGUCGAGCCCCAGCAGUCACCGACCGCGAAAGAAGAGAAAGUCAGCCCCGACUCUGCUGAGAAGCGCCACUAUCACCGACAUUGUCAAAAUCGACCCUCAAGACAAUGCAGUCUCGCCCGAAUUUCCCCUCGUCGCAUUCCUCUGGCCAGCGCGAGGAACGACAUCUCAGUGGAUCUUGAUCCCCCUCAUCCUCAUGAUUGUGGGGUUGUUUAGAUGGAGUGUCGGUCUCUGGGGCUACUCGGGCAAGGGAAACCCCCCAAUGCAUGGAGAUUUCGAGGCUCAAAGACACUGGAUGGAGAUUACUACCGGCCUCCCUGUAUCUCAAUGGUACUUUUAUGAUCUCCAGUACUGGGGUCUCGACUAUCCUCCAUUGACAGCUUAUCACAGCUGGCUGUGUGGCAAAGUGGGCUCAAUUUUCAGCAAUACGUGGUUCGCUCUGGGCACGUCACGAGGACUGGAGGAUUACCACUUGACUGUCUUUAUGCGAGCAACCGUUAUCUUCUCCGAGUAUCUCACCUACGUGCCGGCUCUUAUAAUCUUCCUACGACGCUACAGUCGGGCUGAAGCGACCGGAGUGACGAGUUCAUCGAUCGCCCUGGUCGCCAUCAUGAUGCAGCCAGCAAUAAUCCUUAUUGACCACGGUCACUUCCAGUACAACACGGUCAUGUUGGGGUUUGUCGUUGCAACACUGUCGAGCGUCUACGCUAGUCGGCCACUGUGGGGAUGCAUCUUUUUUGUCGCCGCCCUCGGCUUCAAACAAAUGGCUCUCUACUAUUCUCCGAUAGUAUUCGCCUACCUUCUAGGAUCUUGCCUCACGCCAAAGAUCCGUGUCGGCCGAUUGAUCGCCAUCGCCAUUGUGACUCUUGUCUCUCUGGUUGUUGUGUUCGCACCUCUGGUGCUCGGGGCGCUUUACGAAAACCAUCAGCAGGUCAAGCUCCCUAUUCAGCCAACACCGCCACUGCUGGCGCAGAUUGGAAUCCAAGUUGACCCCACUUCACCUCUUGGAAUUGUUCUUGUCCAGGUUUUCCAGGUUAUCCACCGGAUGUUUCCAUUUGCAAGAGGCCUGUUUGAGGACAAGGUGGCGAAUUUCUGGUGUUUGACCAACACAUUCUACAAACUUCAGAAACUCCAAGGCAUCAUUGAACUACCACGGCUAGCCACCUUUGCCACAUUGAUGUCCAUUCUCGGACCGAUGCUGGUGAUUGGGGCCGUACCCAAGAAAUCUCUUCUUCCGUAUGCACUGGCGACCUCGGCAUGGGGAUUCUUCCUCUUCUCAUUCCAAGUCCACGAGAAGUCGGUGCUCCUCCCUCUUCUCCCCAUGACUUUGUUGCUUGGUAGCAAGAAAGGGCUGAGCAAAGAGUAUCGAGCAUGGAUCGGAUGGGCGAACCUGGUUGCAGUGUGGACCAUGUACCCUCUGCUCAAACGCGAUGAACUUCAAGUCCCCUAUGUUGUAGUAUCAUUGUUGUGGGCAUAUCUCAUGGGACUGCCUCCAACCAGUGCGAGUGCAUACUACGACCCGGACCGCGAGAAUGUCACUGGUCGAGCACUUUUGCCGGACGAGCUACGAACGCCAACCAAGAUCUUGCAUUUCCAAAUGUACAUUGUCAUGGCGUUUUGGCAUCUGCUAGCAGCAUUUGCUGUUCCUCCCGAGGACAAGCCUGACUUGUGGGUGGUGAUCAAUGCUUGCAUCGGCGCAUGCGCGUUUGGCAUCUGCUAUCUGUGGUGCUUCUGGAAGCUGGUGAGCGAGAGUGGCUUGAUCGAUUUCUACUUUGCCCAUCAGGAUGUGGUGGAGACCGAUCGUCAACAGAGGGAAAGAUCGAGUACUCCGCGAGUCAAGAUAAGUUGAUGCAGGCUGUGGGAUGGUUUUAAUGCAGUUCUAACGAGUGUCUGCAUUUCGAAGUUGGGAGGAUCAGACAGCGCGGUACCGUUAGGCGUUUGGUUAAAGGAAAAGUGACCCUAGGCAUAUCAGUAUUACUCUUUGUAUAUCUAAUACAGCCACAUCCUUCCAAA